AUGCUUGCAUACACAAUCUCUUGGGCACUUCUAUGCCCAACACUCUCGGCUAUCUUCUUUGGAAUCACAUUGCAUACUUCGAAUCAGAACCGACGGUACUGGUUGUUACUACCUCUCAUCAUCUUUCCGAUCCUCUCACUUAACUCAGCAAGAGAUCUCGGACUACCAAUAGGCAUUCGAACGCUCUGGACUCAUGGCGUUCUGUUAUACAUGCUGCAUGCCACAUCAUUACUAUUCAUCGAAAAAUGGCCGUCACCAAUCCCUUCGAAUGGAUUAAGUUUAUGGCAUUUCAAAGUCUCUACCACGUUGAGACUAUGGACAAAUUUCCGCAUGAUCGAACGUCAAAAGCCCAGCCAGAAAACAAUCAAAUCUCAAAGCCGACUGGCAUUCAUUUUGCUCCAAACUCUCAAGCUCACUAUAUAUUACUACCUCCACAUAACCCUCAUCCCAACCUUCACGCAGGCAACUCUCGGCACGAUCGAAAGCAAAGACCUCGCCGUCUCGAAAUUUCAACUUUUCAACUUCACAACCCUCACACUCCGAGACUCAGCAAUCCGCACCUACUUCUCCCUCUACUGGAUCUGGGAAUCUUUCAUCCAUCUCGAUUCCUUCCACACGAUCUUCUCCAUCACAUCCGUGGCAACCGGCAUCGAUCAACCUUCGUCCUGCGCCACCCCUCUCUUCGGACACCCUCACCAAGCAACAAGUAUCCGAAACUUCUGGAGCAAAUUCUGGCAUCGACUCAUCGCAAGAUCUGGUUCGAAUUAUGGUCGACUCGUCGCAACAAAUAUCCUCAAACUCCAGCCUGGCAGUCAGAUCCAUGACCCCGUUGUGGCUUUCGUCGCGUUUGGAAUUUCCGGCCUCAUACAUUCGUUUGUCGCAUGGCAACAUCAUAGCAAGUCAUGGGAUCGAGACGUUUGGUGGUUUCUCGUCAACUUUGUUGUUGGAGGUUUGGAGAAGACGGUGAUGACUUGUGUGAGAGGUGUGGCGAAGCGAUUUGGGGUCUCGAGAGAGCUAAGAAGGCUCGAGGAGAGUUGGUUUGGAUGUCUGUUUGGCUAUGUAUGGGUGCUGGGGUUCUUUUGGUGGAGUGUGCCGUUUUGGCAGUAUCCGAGACUUGAAGAGCGGGCUUUGCGGCUUGAGUGGUGGAAUGGGUAUGCGGAGAGGUUGAGAGCGAUUAAGGAGAGGAGGGAAGCUGCUGCUUAG